CAAUCCACUUUCGUCAUUGUGGAAAGAGUUGAGCUGUGAAUCGCUUGUGGUAGAAGUGUGUUGCAGACGAGAUAUUUUUGUGCUUUUAAAAGUCUUUCACAAUAACCAAAGUACUUACUUAUCUUCUGUGAAUUACUUAGAAAUUCCUAUUGAAGAAAGAGUGAGGGCAGUUUGUUUAACUGUGAUUAAUAUUUCUCCCACUACUGAAUAUUCACAAGUGCCUGUCUAUCGCAGUCCUUGAAGGAAAUACAAACGAUGGAUUCAAAGAGAUUGUCGAGUGAUCGGGACAAAGCACCCGCUGUUCAGGAAAUUGAAGUUCCUUUAGAAGUUGAUACAGAACCCGAAUCAACUCUGGUGCUGGAAAAGAAAGAUGCAUCACAAGAAAACGCAGAUGCAGCAGAGGAUGUAGUUACCAAGAAUACAGAUUUUUAUCAAAUUCAGGAUGAUGAAGCAGAUAAAAUGGGCUUUCCACCAGGAGUGGCUCAAAAUUGUAUGCAGAAAAUGUAUAAGAAAUGGGAAAAGCAGGCAAGACAAGAUCAUGAAAAUUACUCUAACAAAAGAUUGUCGAGUGAUGGGGACAAAGCACCCGCUGAAGGGAAUGAUACAGAACCCGAAUCAACUCUGGUGCUGGAAAAGAAAGAUAUAGUGUCAUAUUCUCAACAUUAUGUUUACUUAAUUUACAAUCCACGCUGUGUGCUCAGAUUGUCGAGUGAUGGGGACAAAGCACCCGCUGAAGGGAAUGAUACAGAACCCGAAUCAACUCUGGUGCUGGAAAAGAAAGAUGCAUCACAAGAAAACGCAGAUGCAGCAGAGGAUGAAGUUACCAAGAACAGCGUUCCUGAAGAACAAAACCCUCAGAGCGCAGGGGAGAGCUACAAUGGGGCAAUUCGAGACAACUACAGGUGGACACAAAGUAUUCUUGAUUUGGACGUCCAGAUUCCAGUGCCUGCUUACAUAACCAAGGCUCGCGAUGUGCAUGUGAACAUAACAGCCACAUACUUGAGUGUGGCUAUCAGAGGAGACGAGCCUCAGGAGUGGAAGACCCUAGUCGACGGCGAACUCUGCUGGCAAACCAACAAAGCCGACUCCAUGUGGAGCCUCGAACCUGGCAAACAUAUUCAGGUGCAUUUUGAGAAAACCAAAGAAAGGUGGUGGGACGCUGUGCUCUUAUCAGAACCAAAGAUUGACCUUUCGAACAUAGAUGCUACAAGACCCAUGGAGGACCUAGGGCAGGAUGAACAGAUGAAGAUUCAGGAGUUGAUGUGGAAUCAGGAGCGCAAACGUCAAGGACUGCCAACGACUGACGAAAUGGAAACACAGAAACUCCUGAAAGAAGUGUGGAAUGUGGAAGGUUCACCAUUUUUGGGCACAGAGUUUGAUCCGUCGCUGGUAAACGUUGGAAACAGUUCCCCGGCGAUUCCAGAAGAUUCCUCUGACUCAGAGUGAAUUUUUGGAGAAGAAGGAAGAUCAUCUUGAAGAGUUGUUCAAUCUUCUGUUAAUCUUCAAAUUCUUUAUUAAUUCUUUUCAUGCAAAGUAUUAUCAUGUAUUUUGGAUAUAAAUUUAAAUUCACCGUCAGAGAGGCGGAGACAAAUUUUUAAGUAUUAUGUUUGUGGAUUAUUGGUAAUACAGUAUUAUCUUUAAAAUUAUUCAUUGUCAGGACUUUUUCCGCCAUCUGUUCUUUAAAACCACGACGUUUCGGAGUCUGUUUCUUGUUCUGUCUUCAGGUGAGACUAG